UCUCACGCACACAUGCAUCCUUUUUGCUGCGUAUCCGCCGUCUCCGACCAGUCUUCUCCGGUAAAACCUACGCCCGCGGCUCACUUCGCGGACUUCACCAUGCCUCCUCUCCCCUCCGCCGCCGUCAGAUCCGAUUCAGCCCCACGCCACAGUCACAGCCACAGUUACGGCAGCAACCACCCAGCAACAACAGCAGCGGGAGCAACCGCCGCCGCCGGUGGUGGUUGAUGUGAAGAUCAACGACCUCGUCGGAAAUGGAAUCUCGGGAAUACUGUACAAGUGGGUGAAUUAUGGCAAAGGAUGGAGGCCACGGUGGUUCGUGCUCCAAGACGGCGUUCUCUCCUACUACAAGAUUCACGGUCCUGAUAAGAUCGUCGUGAAUCCCGAGACCGAGAAGGGCUCCAAGGUCAUCGGCGAGGAAUCCAUGCGCAGGAUCUCUCGCAACCGCAAUUCCCAAUCCCAACACCACCGUCGAAAGCCCUUCGGUGAAAUCCACCUCAAGGUUUCGACGAUUCGAGAGAGCAAAUCCGAUGAUAAGAGGUUUUCGGUGUUCACGGGAACGAAGAGGAUGCACCUGAGGGCAGAGACGAGGGAGGAUCGGACGGUGUGGAUGGAGGCGCUGCAAGCGGUGAAGGACAUGUUCCCAAGGAUUUCGAACAGCGAGCUGAUGGCGCCCGUGGACAAUGUGAGCGUCUCGACGGAGAAGCUGAGGCAGAGGCUUCUAGAAGAACGGGUGAGUGAGGCUGCCAUUCAGGAUAGCGAGCAGAUCAUGAGGACAGAGUUUGCGGCGCUGCAGAACCAGCUUAAGCUCCUCAAGCAGAAGCAGUCAAUGCUCAUUGACACAUUGCGCCACUUAGAGACAGAAAAGGUCGAUCUGGAAAAUACAGUUGUUGAUGAGAGCCAAAGACAGUGGAAUGAUCAAGAGACUUCCUCCACAUUAAGGCAGGAAAAAUCUAGUGAAGGAAGUGCAAGUGAAUCUGAGGAUGAUAACGAGAGAAAUGAUGCUGCAGAAGAAGAAACAGAUGAUGAAGACAAUGCCUUUUUUGACACCCGCGAUUUUCUAUCGUCCAGUUCUUUCAAAAGUAAUGGGUCUGAUUAUAGAGUAUCAUCUUUCUCUUCUGAUGAUGAUGGGUUCUAUGCAUUCGAAUCGGAGGAUGAUGUAGAUCCAGCCAUUAGAUCUGUUGGAAGCAACUACCCUCAUGUUAAGCGGCGUAAGAAAUUGCCUGACCCUGUAGAGAAAGAGAAAGGUGUGAGUCUCUGGUCAAUGAUUAAGGAUAAUAUAGGGAAGGAUCUAACUAAAGUUUGCCUCCCUGUUUAUUUUAAUGAGCCACUCUCCUCCCUGCAAAAAUGUUUUGAAGAAAUGGAAUAUUCACAUCUGCUUGACCAAGCAUACGAAUGGGGAAGAAGGGGUAAUAGCCUCAUGAGGAUUCUCUGUGUUGCUGCUUUUGCUGUAUCUGGUUAUGCUUCAACUGACGGAAGAGUUUGCAAACCAUUUAAUCCAUUACUCGGGGAAACAUAUGAGGCUAACUUUCCAGACAAAGGGCUUCGAUUUUUCUCAGAAAAGGUCAGUCAUCACCCAAUGAUAGUUGCGUGUCACUGUGAGGGUACAGGUUGGAAAUUUUGGGGCGAUAGCAACUUAAAGAGCAAAUUUUGGGGCCGAUCAAUUCAGCUUGACCCUGUCGGUACUUUGACCUUGGAAUUUGAGGAUGGGGAGGUUUUCCAGUGGAGCAAGGUUACUACAUCAAUAUACAAUCUUAUAUUAGGAAAGCUGUACUGUGAUCACUAUGGAACAAUGCGUAUACAGGGAAACCAAGAAUAUUCAUGUAAGCUGAAAUUCAAGGAACAGUCUAUAAUUGAUCGAAAUCCUCACCAGGUCCAUGGUAUCGUUCAAGAUAGGAAUGGAAAAACAGUAUCUACUUUGUUUGGAAAAUGGGAUGAAAGCAUGCAUUAUGUUAACGGAGACUACAGUGCAAAGGGAAAAGCUCACGAAUCCUUAUCAGAAGCCCGACUACUCUGGAAGAGAAGCAAGCCUCCCAAAUUUCCCACUAGAUAUAACUUCACUCGUUUUGCCAUCACAUUAAAUGAACUUACCCCUGGAUUGAAGGAAAAGUUGCCACCGACUGAUUCCAGGUUAAGACCAGACCAAAGGUAUCUGGAAAAUGGGGAAUAUGAGAUGGCAAAUUCAGAAAAGUUACGGCUAGAGCAGAGGCAGCGACAGGCUCGGAAGAUGCAAGAGAGGGGUUGGAAACCACGAUGGUUUGCCAAGGAUAAAGCAACCGGCACAUACCGAUACCUAGGAGGAUAUUGGGAGUCCCGAGAAGAAGGGACCUGGGACUCCUGUCCUGACAUCUUUGGCCAAAUUCCUUCAGACCAUCUUUCCGACGAAGGUCAAACUGCAUCUUAGUCUUCCAAUUUAUUUUUUUUUAUCUUUCACUCCAAAUUUUUUUACCGAUGGGUGUCAACUGACUGCUACUUUGCAGUUGUUGUACAUCCAUCCAUGAAUUCAUGUAAGGUAAUCAGAUGAAAUAUGAGCAAAUAAUAAUGUAAUUCUUUUUUCUUUGCAUUCCAAGUCUAUUGGCACUUGGCAUAAUCAUUAA